AUGCAGGCCGCCAUCCGGUUCAAAGCUUCUUCAUCGGGGCUCGGUCGAGGGUGUCGGGGCCCCAGGCGUCUGCCCCUGGAACGGAGUGGAGAGAAGCCUGUGACCCCGCACCCCCCGUCCCGGCCUUCCCAGAUCACGCUGUACGAGGGCAAGCACUUCACCGGGCGGAAGCUGGAGGUCUUCGGAGACUGCGAGAACUUCCAGGACCGAGGCUUCAUGAACCGGGUGAACUCCAUCCGCGUGGAGAGCGGCUCCUGGGUCUGCUUCGGCCACCCCGACUUCCGCGGCCAGCAGUUCGUCCUGGAGCACGGCGACUACCCAGACUUCUUCCGCUGGAACGGCCACAACGACCACAUGGGGUCCUGUCGGCCCGUGGGGAUGCACGGGGAGCAUUUCCGCCUGGAAAUCUUCGAGGGCUGCAACUUCACGGGCCAGUGCCUGGAGUUCCAGGAGGACUGCCCGCUCCUCCAGAGUCGGGGCUGGGCCAAGAGCUGUGUCAACGCCAUCAAGGUGUACGGGGACGGAGCGUGAGUAGAGGCCAUGUGGCUGCUGACCAGAGGCCCAGCCGGGCCCUGCUGUGGGGUGGGUCAGACCUCAGCAGGAGGGGCAGCCUGUCCCCUGGCCCGGGGCCUGUCCCUCCCUCAGCUGCCUCCCCUGCCCCAGUCAGACAGCGUGCUGGUUCCCUCCAUGGCCCAGAAAGCCCACCGCUGGGGCCCCAGAGUGUCGGGAGGCCGGCUCCUCCAUGUAGCUGCCUUCCCGUGCUGCUUUCCCCCUGCAGGGGACGUCCCCGGGGGCACGAACUUGUGUGUGGAUUUACUUUGGAAUUUCCAGGCCCUAAAACAGUGCCAGGCACACCGGUGGAAACAGGCACGCGGUCGCUGCAUGAGGGAAUAGUGACUGGUCCCCACUCUGCCGGGCACGCUGCCAGGUGCUGGGCGCUGGCCGUGCCAACCGCC